AUGACAGAGACCAAGCAUAGGGUUUCCUUUGACAGCCCUAUGUCUCCAGCAGCACACCGUUCUCCCCAUGCCCCAAACACCGAUCUCAGCAAACUAUCCUUACCAUACACGACUGACCCGCCUUCUCCCUCGAACCCGGCUCAGCAGAAAGUAUGGCUCAUAUUCGGCGCAACCGGGCACAUGGGCCGGUCCGUGACGAAGGCCGCUCUCGCGCACGACGACAUAGUCGCCGCGGUAGGCCAGUCUUACCAGGACGCGCCGUCGAGCAUGGAAAAGUGGCACGAAGACAAGAAUCGCUAUCUAGGAUUGUUAUGCGACGUGCGCAUCCGCUCCAGUGUCUCCUCCACGAUUGAGAAGACGAUGCAAUGUUUCGGCCGCAUCGACAUCAUCGCAAACUGUUCAGGUUACGGCGUGAUUGGCGCCUGUGAAGACCAAGACGAGCACGAAACCCGAAAUCAGUUCGAAACCAACUUCAUGGGCACGUUGAACAUUAUUCAAUUGUCGUUGCCCUACUUUCGAAAGCGGCAAAACGGAAGGUAUCUCAUUUUCAGCUCAACGAGCGGCGCUCUCGGUGUCCCGGGCCUGGGACCGUAUUGCGCGUCCAAAUACGCCGUCGAAGGGCUGAUCGAAAGCAUGCUCUAUGAAGUUGCGCCGUUCAACAUCAACCUCACUCUGGUAGAGCCCGGUCAUCUGAGACGAGACGAUAAUAUCAAUUUACCGCCGCCGCCGCCGCCGCCGCAACCAGUGUCUCAAACCAACACAUCCGCUCCCAACGCCGCAGGAGCAGCGAUAAAUGGAAAGGGUCAGGCUCGGCCCCAACAACAGAAUCCCAAGCAGACGGACCUUCCCCUCUUUGGACAUUUCAAAGUCGCGCGGCCGUCCUCGCCGUAUUCGACCAAAGAUUCUCCAGCGGCACACACGCAACGCACCCUGCAAUGGAUGGGCGCCAACCAGCCCACCUCGGUGGUCAAAGCCGCCGAACUGGUGUGGCAACUCGGUCACUGUCGCUACCCACCGGUCCGACUGCUCCUGGGCAGUUUCGCCGUCGAGAGCAUCCGCGACCGGCUGAAGAGCAUCAUCGAGGAGAUCGAGGACUGGAAGCACUUGAGCUUCCCGCCCCUGGAAGGGUUCGAGGAGAAGGAAGAUGACGAGGAUGGAGACGAGCAUGACGACGGCGUCAAAGAGGAUGAAGCCGUCGAGCAGGGAGAGGGAGAGGAAGAAGGCGAGGGGGAAGGCGAAGGCGAAGGCGCACCCGCACCCGCACCCGCAGCAGACGGAGAACCCACGCAAGGACAAAAGAAGGACGAAGACGCCGGUAGAGACGCGCAAAUCAAGCUAGAGAGUCAAAUGGACUUGGAUGAGUGA